AUGGUGUCCAAACUUUGGCGAGUGAAUCGAGGAUACAUCCUUUGUGGCGGACUCUGCUUGGGGUACAUAACAGGGCGCCGGGACGGGUACAACGUCGGAGAGUUAAAUGGCUACACAAGAGGCAUGAACGUCGGAUACAGUAAGGGGAAGGAAGAUGCCGAGAAAGCUGCAGAAGAGACGAAAGCCGCCGAGAAAUGCAAAGCCGAAGAAAACGAACUAGCGAAAGCACGGAAGGCUCUAAUCUGGAAAGUCCUGGCGGGAGGCCUCCUCGCUUUGCCCACAGGCGGCCUCAGUUUGAUCCCUGCGGGAGCUUCCACUUUCAUGACGUUUCAUAGGUACGACGCUCAGAAGCUUUACGAUGCAAAAGCUCAGACAGAGAAUCCGGAACCCGUUGUCGAAGCCUCCGUGGAUAUCAUUUGCGGUUGGUUUGACAACCUCUUUUUGACUGCGUGCAACUGUUUGUGUCAUUGGCGUCAGUAG